AUGUCAGUGUCACUUGAGCUGCAUGACUGGCCGACAGAGAGGGUAGCAACAUCUUCACCGACUGGGGUGCCCUGUACUGUGGCUGGUGAGACAGCGACCCAGGAGAGAGAACAGAGGCCCGAUCUUCUAACACCAGCAUCCCUCCGAGUCGUAUCCAAUACCAGAAGCGCUUCAACUGAGGAAACUUUAGUCAAUUCGGAUCAUGAUGCCGGUUUCAGGCGACGGGUCGGGGAAACAAUAGUCGUCGGCCCACGAGAAGACAGGACGGUGAACCGAAAGCUCAAAGGGAUUCAUUUAUUCAUGAUCACAAUCAACGCAACCCUUGGAAUCGGUCUCUACUGGCGAGGUGGACAAAUUCUGGAGCUUGGAGGUCCUCUAGCAGUUGUUUUGUCCUACUUUCUUGUUGGUUGCUUGGUUUGGGCUAUCAUGCAAGGCAUUACCGAAAUGUUAUGCAUCUGGCCAAUUCCCGGUGCUCUUUCAAUGUACGUCAGCAAGUUUGUUGAUGAAGAGCUGGGUAUUGCUGUUGGUAUUGCAUACUGGUUUACGUACUCGAUGUCUUUUUCCACGCUUCUCGCAACAUUAGCGGCCGAAUUCGACUACUGGAAUGCUUUCAACAGCCGUGGUGUGCAUGCAGGGCUGAUUUUUGCGGCUGUUCCUAUAACAUUGGUUAUGAUCAAUAUGCUCAGGAUUGAGAGCAUUCCUAAUUGUUUUAUCAAGUCAUAUGGUCUCAUAGAGGUCAUAACUGGGUCUUUCAAGAUUUUCUUUAUGUUUGUCAUCUUUGUUUUUUUGAUCAUAAUCAAUCGAGAAGACUGGUCUAAACCUGUGACCUUUGAUGACACAGCUGCUAAAAAUUGGCCGAUCGCACUAUGUAACGUCAAUGUCUUCAAUUCACUGAUAUACCACAGUAUGUGUAUUUCAACAGCGGUAUUCUCAUUUGUCGGGGUCGAGGUCGUUGCCGCGUCUGCCUUGGAAGCGAAAUGGCCUCAGCAUGGAAGAGACGCAGAAAAUUCAUGCUCCAAGGCAAGCCCCAAAAGCCCCCUAGUUGGGAGUGGGGUCAAGUUCUCCGCCAUAUACAUAUCCGUCCUUGCAACGGUUGCUUAUACCCUGAGCGGGUUUCUCGUCAGUCUCGAUAUUCAAUCUGCCGACUGCAGGUUACCUCGGGUGACCUGGGAUACGACAAGUACCCACUGUAAGGAUCCUGGCAGUCAAUCUGCUUUUGUUAUGAUCGCCAAAGGCUCCAAAAUUAAACAUCUGGCCGAUGUAAUCAAUGUUUUUCUUGUAUUCACCUGCCUAUCAUGUGCGGGUACAAAUCUCUACAUCUCGUCACGCGCGUUAUUUGGCCUCACUAGCCAGCUGAAAGGGGGGAAGGGCCAGAGUUGGCAUAUACGUGUUUUGGCAAAGCUUGGAAAGACAGAUCACCGCAAGGUUCCCAGGCGAGCCAUAGUAUUUUCUGCGGUGGCAUUUUGCUGGAUCCCAUUUCUACAGCUUAUCCAAGGUUCCGAAGCUCAAUCCUCGAUUAAUGUGCUUAUUGAAGUUCUGAGUGAGAUGGCAUCUGUCGGUCUUUUAAUUGUCUGGGCUUGCGUGUGUCUCGCAUUCAUCCGGUAUCAUGGCUGCACCCAAACCAUAAUAAAAAACCAAGAAUUCCUUGACCGAGACGAUGUCGCUCAGGUCGUGCGCAAUAGUCGCAAUUACCCCUAUCGCAGCCACAGCCAGCCGCUAUUGGCCUGGGUAGCCUUCGUGGGUUGUUGCACUGUUCUACUUGUGACGAACAUGGCUUCCUUAUGGCAUCGGUUUCAUCUCUUGCCUUUUUUAACGCCUUUUAUGUCGUCUUAUUUAACAAUCCUGGUAUUUAUUGGGAUGUGGGUCUUACUGAAGGUGCUUCGAGGAGCAAAGUGGUCGCUCGUUGACUUGUCGCGGGCCCAGAGAGUUGCUAAAAUAUUACGGGGCUUGCAUGAAAUGCGCGCAGCGACAAUGACAGACAGGACACCAUCAUAUUGA